GGUUUACAAACAAAAUCGUUUUCCAAGACGUCUUCAAACGUGUUGUUGUUUUCACUUUUUCUUUUUUCUUUGGUAUUGUUUAGGAACUGUUUCGAGUGAUAAAGUUUAAUACUUUCGACAAAAUGUCAUUCAAUCGUACCGUCGAAGACAAGAUAACAAAAAUUAUGGGUUCAUAUCUACUGAAAGGAUAUACUCUUUUGGAUAAUCAUUGUCCCAAAUGUCAGACACCAUUGAUGAAAACAAAGACAUCGACCGAAUACUGUAUAUAUUGUAAUGAAAUCAAUGUUCAAUCAGUUGAUAAUCAAAUGCCAAACUCAUCAUCGAGUAAUGGAUCAAAUGUUAGUGCAAUGAUUAAAGACAAUUACAAAGAGGAGAUUGAAUCGAGGACUUCGGUUAAGAGGGCCGUCAGUCCAUCGGACAAGACUUUAGAUUCUGCUAAUAGUAAUAGUAGUAAUAAUAAUAAUGUGGAGACAGAGAGACAGUACGUGGAGAAGACGGUCCACCAAAAGAUGGUUUGGGCCGUCGAUCGGCUCAAGACGUGCGACCAAAUGAGUGAAUGCUUACAAAUACUUAAUUUUGUCAAAAUGAGCGCUGAUUUACUUUUGACACUAAAUAAGUUAAACCACACUUCAAACCAAUAA